AGAGACAUUAACUAAUAGACGCCUAGCUCACAGGGGAGAUAGGGUUAUGGUUGAUAUUUUACCAAAGAAGAGCAGUUUAAGCAAAAGUACAGAGUUACUUACUGCUUUAGCUAGAUGCUAAAUUAGUCAGUGAGCAAUCUGAAGUGAAAGGAAGGAAAAUGCUAUCCUUGUUUUAGCGUUUUUGUGCAACAUUAGCUCUACUUAGCUAGUUCUCUCAAGCCAAGGCUCUCGAGGAGGCAGCCUCUUCUUUCUUCCACCCCACUCAUUUCUCGCGCCCGGUUAAUGUGACGGGCGGACGGACAUGUGGGUCAGUACUGGAACAGUCGGAAGGACCCUCUCCAUGGAUAUAGACACAGACUAUGAAAGGCCCAAUGUGGAAACUAUUAAAUGUGUGGUGGUAGGGGACAAUGCAGUGGGCAAAACCAGGCUCAUCUGUGCCCGCGCCUGCAAUGCUACCCUCACACAGUACCAGCUGCUCGCCACCCACGUGCCAACCGUCUGGGCCAUCGACCAGUACCGCGUGUGCCAGGAGGUGUUGGAGAGAUCUAGGGAUGUGGUGGAUGAGGUCAGUGUCUCCCUAAGACUAUGGGACACCUUCGGUGACCAUCACAAAGACAGACGCUUCGCUUAUGGCAGGUCUGACGUGGUAGUGCUGUGUUUCUCCCUGGCCAACCCCAACUCCCUGCGUCACGUCCGCACCAUGUGGUACCCUGAGAUCAAGCACUUCUGUCCCCGCACCCCUAUCAUCCUGGUGGGCUGCCAGCUGGACCUGCGCUACGCCGACCUGGAGGCUGUGAACCGCGCCCGCAGACCCCUGGCCAAACCCAUCAAGCCCACAGACAUCCUGCCUCCAGAGAGAGGGCACGAGGUGGCCAAGGAGCUGGGCAUUCCCUACUACGAGACCAGCAUCGUGGCCCAGUUUGGGGUCAAGGAUGUGUUCGACAACGCCAUCCGUUCCGCUCUCAUCUCCCGCCGUCACCUCCAGUUCUGGAAGUCCCACCUGAAGAGAGUCCAGCGGCCCCUCCUCCAGGCCCCCUUCCUGCCCCCCCGGCCCCCACGCCCUGUGGUGGGCAUCCCUGCCCCUCCCAUCGACGGAGAAGCCCCCGACUCUCUCCUCUGCCAGCCGCUAUGCGCCGAUGUCCUCUUCCUACUCCAAGGCGGCGCCAAGCGUGUCUUCGCACACAAAGUGUACCUGGCCACCUCCUGCUCCAAGUUCUACGACCUCUUCACCCUGGAUCUGCUGGCCAUCGAGGCGGAUUGGGAGGGAGAUGAGCGCGCCGAGAGCGGUGAGGAGGAUGAACAGAGUAGGAGAGGUGCCAAAGAGCAGGCAGGGCGUACUAAGAGCUUGGACAUCGAUAAUGAUGGGGAGGGUGGAGCCAGGGGAAUCAAACGGCCACCCAUGCUCCAGCAGGGCUCCCUGAGGACUUCCAAAAGUGAUAACGCCCUCCCCGCCAGGAGCCAGUGCUCCGUGGGGCCCCUGGGGGCCGGCCGUGGCCUUUCAGGCUGGGGGAGGGGCUUCCUGAGUGUAUACCUGGAGCACGUAGCUGACCCCGAGACGGGGCGACCCCGCCUCAUGACCGUGGUCUCCAUGGACGGUCUCAUACAGGAAGAACCCUUCCAGGCAGUGCUGCAGUACCUGUACACAGGCAGUUUGGAUGAGGGCCGUGGGGAUCUGAUGCAGGUGGCCACCAUUGCUGAGCUGCUGGAGGUGUUUGACCUGAGGAUGAUGGUGGCCAAUGUGCUGAAUCGUGAGAGCUUCAUGAAUCAGGAGAUCACCAAGGCCUUCCACGUCCGUCGAGCCAACCGCAUCAAAGAGUGCCUUAGCAAGGGCACCUUCGCUGAUGUGGUGUUCUGCCUGGACGAUGGCUACCUGCCGGCCCACAAGCCUCUGCUCAUCUCCAGCUGUGACUGGAUGGCCGCUAUGUUCCGCGGAUCCUUCAUGGAGAGCUACAUCAAGGAGGUGUCCAUCCCUGACACCAGUAGUGCCUGUAUGCGUGCGGUGUUGGAGUUCCUAUACUGUGGGCUGGUGACGGCCUGUCCUGACUGGGAGCCUAUGGAGCUCAUCGUCCUAUCCAACCGGCUAUGUCUGCCACGCCUCGUUGCCCUCACAGAGCAACAUGUUGUGGAUGAGCUGCUACAGUGUUUGGUGAAGGGAGUAGACAUUGACGGAGAGGUGCUUGCUUACCUGGAAUUGGCUCAGUUCCACAAUGCCAAGCAGCUUUAUACCUGGUGUCUCCAUCACAUCUGCACCAACUACAACAGCGUUUGUCGCAAGUUCCCCAAAGACAUGAAGGUCAUGUCUCCAGAGAACCAGAGGCACUUUGAGAAGCAGCGGUGGCCUCCAGUGUGGUUCCUGAAGGAGGAGGAUCGCUACUUGCGCUCUCAGAAGGAGCGCCAGCGGGAGGAAGAGAUCCUCCGUAAGCAGCACACCAAGAGGGGCUGGUGCUUCUGGAGACACCCGUCCUCCUCACCCCACGUCUCCUGAGGCUGUCGCCCCUCCAUGACCCCUCCUAACCUCAGACUGAGGAGGCCAUGAGCCUACCACCCCUCCAUAACGGGAGAGCCAAGUCUCACCUCUGUAUGAUUGUCUGUGGUUGUACUGGGGACCAGAAGUCCUCACAAGGACCAUUUGGACAACUGGGGACAUUUUGCCAGUCCCCACAAAGAAAAGGGCUAUUUUAAGCUUAGGGGUUAGGUUUAGGGUUACAAUUGGGGUUCAGGUUAGAAUGAAGGUCAGCAGUUAGGUUUAUUUUUAGGGUUUGGGGUUAAGGGUAAGUUUUGGGUUAGGGAAAAUAGGAUUUUGAAUGGGAAUAAAUGUGUUGGUCCACACAAAGGUAGUAAAACAAACGUGUGUGUGUGUGUGUGUGUACACAUAUGUGCGAGGUUCUCCACCCCCACAGCUGGAGGUCAGGCGUGGGCAAUUGUCUAUACCCCAGCUGGCCUCUUCUUGCCAGGCCGCAGUCCAGUGCUGCCUCUUCCCCCUGAGCUCCACCCAGCCACCAACCGGGGGUGAUGGGACUGGGAACAAGGGCUCUCUCUGUCUCUCAGUCACACAGAUGCUAAAGACCAUUCCACAGACCACUGCGAAGACUCCCCUAUGGGGAGGUUACCUCUGCCUUCAAGUCUAUUCAGACUGUUAGAAUACUGGACCAGACCGUUAGCCAGAGGCGUGCCAGCGCUGGUCCAACACACAAGAAGGAAUGUUUCUGUUUGGUUUUGUUUCGCCGUGAGGUCUGGUCAGGGGUAAUGACACACACCACCCAAAGGCACACGCAGUGUUGAAGACCCUGAUGACCAAAAUGGCGGCAGGGAUUUCAAAUUAGAGUAGAGCCGAUCCCAGACCUGGGUGUUUUGCUUCAGAGUCUCUGACCACCACUUAUGCCUGUCUAACUUCUCAUCCAUAGACUUUGUCCUCCAUUUUGGAAAAGUUUGACACCAUUUUGUUUUCUUUCGGGUCUCAUCCCAAUGAAGCUCUGUGUUAGAGGUUUGAAUCCCAAAUGUUGUCCUAGGGUACCUAGACUGUUCUAGAAUCACCUGUCUCAAAGGGAGGGGGAAUAAAGGGGGUAGUCUUAGUUUAGGAACCUGCUCCAGCCCAGCAGAUGGCUGGUGGUUCAAGCACGCAUCAUGACCCCCCCCAACCCCCACAUAACACUAAGAGGAGAGGCCAACAGUGCUGAACAAACUGACCAAAUCAAAGACAUUCAAAGUGAACACUUGAUAGCAAUUCUGGAUCAGAGGGCUGUUUGAUACCACUGCCAUGGGAGGGAGUAAGAAGCAGAACUGAACAGAGUUCUUGCUCUGCCUUGAUUGACCACUAGGGUGCCCCUCAGCCAGCCUGCCUUUACUCAUCCUUACCACAGGGGGCAGCACUGCUCAGGGUACCAUCAUCAACCGUCACCCGGAGCAAACAGGAGUUUUCUCCCCUACCUGUUUAUAUCCUUGAUUCCAGUAGCUUUUGACUUUUUUCUUUUAUUCCAGUUGUAUUUGAAAGGCAACUUUAGCUGUUUGUCCUCACAUAGUGUUGAAAGGUAUUAUACCAAAAAUGAAGCUGUGACAUGUUCUCUCCCUCCUGUCUCCUCUCCUCCUCCGUAACAUGGCAAAUAUGGGAGGAAAGGAAAAAGGGAUUAGGAAAGGAGGAAUAAUCUUUUGAUCCCUGUCUGUAUGUCUUUAAAUCUGUAGUGUCAGGUAAAACCCAAGUGUCACUGCAGCACAUUGUCUUUCACACCUCUAGCUGGAAUUGAAAAUGACACACACACACACACUUACACACACACACACUAACAUACACACACACACACACUUAAGCAUACACACACACAAACUUAAACAUACAUGCACACCUUGUUCCUUUUCGGUCCACUAAUUUUAAAAUGUCAGCCCAGUCCUUCAUCAGUGUUAAUAUGCAGGAACCUGAUCUACAAAGAUAAUGUUACAUUCACAUCUGAUGCACAAAUGUCCUAUGAACGGUUUAGGAUCUCUUGGAAAAGCUUGAGGGGUUUUGGGUUAUUUUUCCUUAUCCAAAGGUGUGUGGCAGUCUAAUAGGCGUUGUGUUAGUGAAUAUAUUCAGAGUAUUAUUCAGUUCAAUGAUGGUCGUUUCAGUAUGAGUAGAGUUGAAUCUUAACAUUAAGUUAAAUACAUCAUUUGCAAUACAGUAUUAGACCAAAUAUUGGACUUACUUUUAGUUUCAGAGUGCAGUUUUAUUUAUUUGUGAGGGAGUGUGAUGUUUCAAUCAGUUGUUAACAAAGAGGAUGCAGUUCCAGCUUUUAGUUGAAUGCUAUUGGAGUUGGAUGUUGAACUGCUGAGGAACUCUUCAUAACCCACUGCACCUUUAAGAUCUCCAUGAAUCCACCACAGUGUAUCAGAACAGGCGUGUUGAAAGAAGAAGAAGAUAACUAGUAAAGCGUUGUUACUGUGUUUUAUUUUCUUCUCUUUAGGAGUGAAUUUGGGGGAAAAACAAGACUUUUUGACACAUUCUUUAUUAAGCACUGUUCUAUUUGUGGCUUUGAGAUUUCAUGUAACAUUUUCAUCAAAUAAUAGGGGCUCUUAUCCAGAGCGAAUAGGGUUGAAUUCUUUGCUCAAGAGCACAUAGGCAAAUUUGUCACCUGGGAUUAGAACAAACAACCUUUCGGUUACUGGUCCAACGCUCUUACCCGCUAGGCUACUUGCCGACGGUGACUAACACCUUACCAACAAAAUAUAGAAGGGAAAAUAACCCAGGCAUCUUAAAAAUAGUCCCAACGCCCCUAUUUAGGGCUGGGAUAUUAGAACAUUCAUCUGGGGUUGACGUGGGGACAUACAGAUGUUUUCACUUCAUGACCCCUUUCUAUGCCCCAAGGAGGAGUUAUUUGAGUCCUACUAAUGGUAGACAUGCCCUACAAAGCCUUCCCUCAUGGUUUGUGCCUUAAACAUGUACAUCCACUAUGAGGAACAGAGUAUACUCUUAAGUGUACAGUGUAGUGUAGUUUUAAGGUAGUUGUAUACAGUUACAGACAGGUUCUGCAAAGGAUAAUAGCUGAACUGAUUGAUUUAGUGUCUGGUUAUGCUAACACACCCAGUCUCACCCCCCACCCAGGCCAGAGAGGCAGGUCUCUCCCUGGUCUGUCUCCUACAACUGAGCCUCCCUCUGGGGCAACAGACCCCAGCCCUCCUGGAGAGACACUGGGUCUGCUGGUGGUCAGUCAACGACAGUCCUUAAAUUAGAAGAUGAAGGGGAUUUCAUAUAUUGUAUGGUCUGUUUCUGGUUGGCAAACUGAUUGAGUCAGUCCUAAACCAGCAGAGGAGCCACUGUAAACCCCUAGAGACCCAGGGUUAGACACCUCUGACCUCGCGGAUACCAAAGCUUACUAUGAGGAUACUGGUUUCCUUGUGUGAAUCAUGGUCAAUACUUGUGGGAUGUGGUUAUUAGUAUUUUUGCAUGGUGGCCUAAUUUUGGCAUUGUAAUGAUACUUUUCUCUUGACUUUUAAUAUUGGAUUGCACUUUUCUUAUUUUCUGUUGUUUUACCUCUGCCUUUAUGUGCUUGGCAUGGACUACUUCUUUCAAAAGUUUAUAAAAAAAACAAUGAUAUUUUGUAGCAUGGGGUCUCCUUUUGUUUUCUAACGGUCCAUGUGGUGUACUUGGUUUUAUUGAGUGGGUGUCUCAUGCUCACGGACAAAGACAAACUGGACUCAGUGGUAUUAUUCAUAGCAUUAGUGGCUGACAUUGAAGCCUGCGUCUAUAUUGUGGGAAGCCUCUUUAGUCAUAAUAUUCUAAUUUUAUAUAAUAUUAUUCUCAGAAAAACAUUGACGGUACACAGGAAUUUGACAGAGAUGUCUUGCUUCUUGUACACUGUUAUAGCAUUGUCUUAGCACUGUUCUGUGGUGUAUUGGAAGCAGCAGGUUAGAUAUGGUUAGGUUAGAUAUGAGACAUGGUGUUCUUGGGUUGCCAGCUGUUGGGCAUGUGGUUGCUCCAGGGAUUGACAGUGCUAGUACAGUACAUAGUUGUAGUUUGCCACUCCAGUUCUAACACUAUAUGAAUCCAUACACCUUGAGAAUGUCCCGUUUAUACAAUGGGCUGCAUUGGGAGCUAAAUGGACUGUUUUGAUUGGACUUGUAAAACGAUUCCUUGGCUUUGACCAGCCACCGAUAGUUGAUAGUUGAGCCACAUUUUCCCCUAGAGGCUCAUUUCUGUAACUUCGCAUUUGGUGUGAGAUGAUGGACUAUCAUUUGAACUGCGGUUACUGCACUACUGUCAUUUAGUCCAGACUCUUUUAUGAUGUCACUUUAACAUCACCCUAGUUCAGAUUAGCUAUAGAGUGUGGUGGUAUAAACUCAAGAAAACAAGAGUGUUCCUAUGAGAAUUUGCUGUAGCAUUGAUUAAGCUAAUAUUUUCUAACAUGACAUUUAUUCAUGGAAAGCAACCAUUGUUGUUUGCCCUUGGCCUGGCGUCUCCUGUGCCUUUUGAGAUAUUCUCACGCUGUUGCCUGUCUCCCCGAGCCCUCCUAUAGGCUUGCCAUAUGCAUGAGGGGGCCUCCAAACCACUGCCUUCUGGGUUCAGGUUGGCACCCAAGCUAAAAACACACGCGCGCACACAUUCAACCAGGCAGCUUUCCUUCUUGUCUCUUAGUGCCUGUGGAUCGACCAGUCUUUCGUAAAUCCUAUGCUGUGUACCAGAGAGGCUCUGCUAAUGAGACCUGCGGUAGUCUACAGUAGUAAGGCACCCGACUUGGGAGCUUACAAAUAUGUCACCCAAACCUUGUUACAUCAUCCAAACAAGCUAAGCUAUAGAUAAUAAACUGUGGAAAAGACAUUGAGAUCCAACAGAUUUCAGAUUUCGUAACAAACUGAUCUUUUGCACUCGGCAGUCUGUCAAGGCCUGCACUUUCCAUCUAUUAUGUAGCCUUUAAACCAUGUGUGUACUAAUACAUUAUUAAACCAAGAUUUACCAGCUUGCCUGAGCAGCCAGAAACAACUUCAAUCCAAAUCUGGCUCCUGCUCUCUCUCUCUCUCUCCUUGGUAAAGGCUCUUUAGACAGAGACUGCGUUUGUGGAGAACUGGGCUCUUAAUUUGAAAUGUAGGGUGGGAGUCCCAUCUGUAAAGACUGAGACACUUCCACAGCAGUACUGUGUCUACCAUUUUGACUCGAAAAGGCAAAACUAACUCCUUUGCUGUAAUGGUAUUCCACAGUUAACUUUGUAAACCCAACCUCCACUUGUUUGACCCAAAGCUAGCUGUUAGCCUAGAGAAUCCUGUCUCGAAAGUGGCCCAGGACAUAGAGCUGGGAGGGGGAGAGACAGGGGCCGUAGUAGGGUGAAUAUGAAUCUCUGCUCUGUGACUUUUCAGUGUGAUUUAUGCAUAUUAUUAUGCACUUUUGUUUCCCCCUUCUAAAUUCAUUUUCCAGUUCAAAGUGAUAUUAACUGCUUGUGUUAAUACAUUUAUGAAACACAACACAACACACCACACAAUACUAAGGGCUUAUAAAAAAAGACAACAAUCAGAAUGUUUUGCUGCUUUUGAAAAAUAAAAAAAUAAUUAUUUAA